AUGCCCGCCGAGCAACUCAACAACGCCGCCGCCGCUCCUGCCGUCGUCGCCGAGCCCACGGCCAAGCCCGCCAUGAACCCGCGCGCCGCGCCGCCAGAUUCCGAGCAGGCGACCGACGUGCUCCGCCUGCGCGGCGGCUUCUGGUGCAACACGAACAACUGCUUCAGGUGCACCUGCUGCGGCAUCAGCUGUGGCAUCUAG